AUGGCCGAACGAGUUAUCGUGCGUGAUGCUCUAAACGAACUCGAUGAUAAAAGGAUAAAACAAAUCAAACCGUUGAUUCCGCCACAAAUCUUAAUGGAAGAUCUCCCGUUAACACUCCAAGCAGCACAAAGUGUGAUUCUUGGCCGAGCAAACGCAGAGGCUAUAAUUAAGGGUCAAGAUGAUAGGUUGCUGGUUAUUGUUGGACCUUGUUCCGUACACGAUGUCAAAGCUGCUAUCGAAUAUGCUGGAAAGUUAAAAGCAUAUGCAGAUUCUGCAUCGAGUGAUUUAUGUAUUAUCAUGCGAGUUUAUUUCGAAAAGCCACGAACAACUGUUGGGUGGAAAGGUUUAAUCAAUGACCCACAACUGAACAACAGUUUCCAAAUCAACAAAGGACUUCGACUCGCACGCGGUCUACUCUUACAACUCAAUGAACUCGGAAUACCGUGUGGAUGUGAAUUCUUGGAUACUAUUACACCACAGUUUAUAGCUGAUUUGGUUUCAUGGGGAGCAAUUGGUGCAAGAACUACAGAAUCACAGGUUCAUCGCGAAUUAGCAUCCGGAUUGUCAGUUCCAGUCGGGUUCAAGAAUGGUACGGACGGGAGCAUCAAUAUUGCAAUCGACGCAUUAAAAGCAGCCAGCGUGGGGCAUCACUUUCUUUCUGUUACAAAACAAGGCCUCAGUGCCAUCGUUGCAACUAAUGGUAACGACAGCUGCCACAUAAUACUCCGAGGUGGUAAUGAAGGGCCGAAUUAUUCUCAAGAGCACGUUAAAGAAAUAGUAUCCAAUUUGACAAGUGCAAAGUUAUGUCCAAGAGUAAUGAUUGACUGUAGUCAUGGAAACAGUCAGAAGAUUUUCAGUCGACAAAUUGAUGUCGCGAAGGAUAUUGUACGUAAUUACGAAUGGUGGUGGUUGUUGUUUGUGACUGGUCUUCUGGCUGAGCAACUGAAAUCUUCCGCGACGGGAGAUGGCAUUCUUGGAGUAAUGAUCGAAUCACAUUUAAAAGAAGCCAUUAAUGAAAUUACUUUAUAUUUCUGUUAUCGCAAAGGCAAUCAAAAACUCACAUCGGCGGGGCCAUCAGCUCUAGUUUACGGACAAUCAAUCACAGACGGAUGCAUUAGUUGGGAAGCAACGGUAGAGGUCUUGGACAUAUUACGUGCGGCCGUCAAAGCACGUCGAGCACGCAGAGAAAAGUUUGAGCAGUAG